GACUUCCUAUAUAAAUAUUGAUGCCUAAGCCUCUAAGUAACCAUAUAAGAAAGGGCAAAAAAAACAACACCAAACGAAAAGAAAUACUAAGCUCCAUGGCAUGUUCAAUAGGUCAUCUUAUCAAGGUUGCGUCGGAAUCAAAAGGUCGGCAAGUCGGAGGCGCAACGGUUUAUCGAUCUGCAGUUCCGAACCAAUACAUUUAUCAUGGACCGCAAGCUGUUACCGUUGUCCAACAACCCGAUGCCGGAGUUUAUCAUCAAAUUCCAACCACCACCAACUAUGCGAGAUGGUAUGUUUGUCAACUAUCCCAACUCUCAAAUUCGUAGCAAGUGCCAACGAUUUGAUCGAAUGUCAGAUUGUUCAGCAAACCCGGCCCAAAUUGGGCAAAGUCUCAAUAAAUUUUAUUAGGACAUUCAAAGCUGCAUGCAAUUUCCGUGGAAAUGCUAUGAUGGUGAUCCCUAAAGGGGACUUCUUAAUAGGGCCAAUCAUAUUUCAAGGGCCUUGCUUCAAUCCAUCUUCUCUAAUUAUUCAAGCUAACGGAAUAGUGAAAGCACAAGCUGAUUUGUCGUAUUUUACCGGAGGAGCCGACGAUACGGAUUGGAUUACGUUUCAAAGCAUCAACGGGUUGAUUCUAAGCGGCACCGGUACAUUCCAUGGCCAAGGUGCUAAGGCAUGGAAAUACAAUGAUUGUGCCCAGAAGUCACAUUGUGUCCGUCUAGCCGCAAAUUUCAAGUUCAAUAAGGUAAAUGAUGCUAUCAUCAAUGGGAUAAAUUCUAUAGAUCCGAAAGGGUUCCACAUAAUGGUCACUGUUUGUCGAAACUUUAGGCUUUUAAACCUUAAGUUGCAAGCUCCUGGAGAUAGCCCCAACACCGAUGGCAUUCACAUUAGUAAAUCGAAUGUAGUGAAAAUAGCCCAUUGUGUUAUUGGCACUGGUGACGACUGUGUCUCGAUGAUCCAUGGGUCUAUCGACAUCAGCGUCAACAAAGUAAUUUGUGGCCCAGGUCAUGGUUUCAGUGUUGGUAGUCUUGGCCAUUAUGAUGACGAGGCGGAUGUUAACAAGAUUGUCGUGACAAACAGCUCGCUAACGGACACAACAAAUGGAGUUCGAAUCAAAACAUACAAAACCGAUUCCCCAAGUAAAGCUUCGAGCAUAUUUUUCACAGACCUGAUUAUGAAUCGAGUCAAGAACCCUAUUAUCAUAGACCAAGAAUACGGAAAUAGACGUAGUACUCAGACAUCGAAAGUGAGUAUUAGCGACGUUCGAUUUGUGAACAUCAAGGGAACUUCAAUAAGCAAAGUUGCGGUACAAUUCCUUUGCAGUAAAUCGAAUCCUUGUGAAGGUAUUCAAAUGAAUAAUAUCGACUUACAGUACGUCGGUCCACCACGUGACCAACAGCCUUUCGAAUCUAAUUGUACUAAUGCCAAGGUUUCCUACGUUGGGUUACAAAAUCCUCCGCCGUGCCGUUAGGGCGGCGCAUGGCAUUCGAAAUCACAGGGUAAAAAAGGAUAGAAAGCAGUGAGCUAGUGUACAGUACCAUGUUAAUGUUGUGAAUACAUCUUAGCCAAUAUAGGGUUUAGAGAGUAUUUUAUAAUGCAUUCAAAAAAAUAUGAAUUCCAAUUGUCUGUAAAAUUUUGGUAUAAUUAUGAAUAUAGUUUAUUUUGCUUUACGUAAGAA